UCUCUCUGUAGUUAGCUCUCUCUGUCUCUCUACCCGUGGUUCAGUGUGUAGGGAGAGUCUCUCUGUAGUUAGCCUGGUCUCUACUAUGUUGAGUAGCUAGCAGCCUGUCCAGUAGUGGGUUGUUAAAGCCUGUAUAUCUGACUUGGGGGCUUCAGUUGGUCCGUUCUCUGCUUAACCACUGGGCUGGAGGGACAGAAGAGGGGCAAGGACAAGAUGGUGGAUGUUGUCCUGCUGUGUUUCCUCCAGUCUGCUGCUGCCAGCCUUAUCACCGCGGAGGUGUUUGAAGCCAGAGGGCAGCGUGUGUGUAGGGUGGAUCAGGGCCGGCCCUGCUAUAAGCUGGCGUAUUUCUCUGAUCCUGGACGGCGGCUCAGCUUCCUGGAGGCGAAGCUAGCGUGUCGCCGUGAUGGAGGGGAGCUGCUGAGCAUUGAGUCACCGGCCGAGCAGCGAAUCAUAGAGCAGCUAGUCACGGAGAUCCGCCCCUCCGACGGAGACUUCUGGAUCGGCCUGCGUCGUAACCAUGGUGACACGGAGAGCGUUGACGACUGUCCCUCACAGUACUACUGGACCGACGGGAGCCAUGCCUCCUUCAGGAACUGGCACUGGGAUGAGCCGUCCUGUGGUUACGAGGUCUGCGUGGUGAUGUACCACCAACCAUCCGCCCCGCCCGGCCUCGGAGGACUCUACAUGUUCCACUGGAACGAUGAUAACUGUGACACCAAGAACAAUUUCAUCUGCAAGUACACUGCAGAGAAGGCUCCAGAACCCUCCCCCAACGCUACACACCCAGAGGCUCCUCCCCUGUCACCCCUGAACACAACCUUUGACCCUGAAGAGAAGAGACAGAACCCAGCUCUGAACACGGUUUACAUAGUCCUGCCCACCAUCCCGUUGUUGCUGCUGUUACUAAUAGCAACCGGGCUCUUCUGCUUCAAGCUGCUGGCUCGACGGAGGAAGCGGGGCGAGCAGCAGAAAGAGGUGUGUCCUAGCGAACCAGGGUCUUGUCCAAGCCCCGCCCAGCCGCCUGACGUCUACAACGUGAUUCGUUCCCAGCAGGAGGCCGACCUGGCCGGAACACGCCCCCACACCAAGAACACUUCCUUCUUAGGCUCCUCCCCCGACAUGUCCCCUGGUGACUAUGACAACCUGGGCAGUCUGCGAGACACGGAGAGUGGUUUCGUCACGCUGGCCAGCACAGAGAGCAACUUCAUGUUGACCUCUGAACUCUACGACCUUAGUCUGGGGCGACGCAACGGCAAUCCAGACAUUUACCACAACAGUCUGGGUCGGCAUGGCAACAGAGAGGUUUAUAACAACAGUCUGGGUCGGCAUGGUAACCGAGAGGUUUAUAACAACAGUCUGGGUCGUCAUGGCAAUGGAGAGAAGUACGACAACAGUCUGGGUCAUCAUGGCAACGUGGUGAAGAGUAGUGAUCUGUACAACACCAGUCACUAUGGAGACAGUCUUUACCAAACCAGCCUGGAUCGCUAUGGUAACCCUGAACAGUACGAGAGAAGCCUAGGUCGUCAUGGGAAUGAUGCCAGUGUAGAUUGCUAUGGAAAGGAGGCCACUGUGGGUUACUAUGGCAAUGAGGGCAGUCUGGGUGGGAAGUGCUACAAAGAGUGGUUGGACAGUGACAGCUACUGACAGCUACUGACAGCUACUGAUAGUGACAGCUACU